AUGCAAUUCAAUUCUGAUUUAAAUUUAUUAAGGGAAGAUACAGGUGCCAAAAUUAGAAUUAAUGAUGAUGGUACCAAAAUAACCAUCAAUGGAACAUAUGGUCAAUGUGAAGUUGCAAAAUCUAGAAUAGAGGUUUAUCUUGAUGAUGAAGCAAAUAAACCAAGACCUGGUGUAUAUCCUGAACUUGGUUUUACGAUCCUUGAUGCUUCUGUUGUUGCGGAUAAAAGUAUUUGUUCAAGAUAUUCACCAAAAAUUCAUUUCAGGAGAUAUGAUUUAAAGGAUAAUAAUGCCCAUUCAAAGGGGAAAGAAUUGUUUUAUGUUAUGUUUGAUAAUGAUGACUCUAGCAAGAUAAAUUUAGAAAUUAACAAGACGGUCAAAGAAGAAUUUGAAUUUGAUUGUACUGAAACAUCUUCAUCUAAUGCGGAUGUUUAUGAUUUGUUGUUUAAUAACUUGAAAUCUAACCAAAAUAUUUUGAGAAUGAAAACGAACACUAACAACGAAAGUGAUCAUAGAGAUGCCAAAGAACUAGACGAAAGUCGAUAUGAAUGGGAACCAAGCGCAUUAACUCCUCUAAACCCGUUCGGUAUUUUUUCCCAAUUACCUCAAUGCAUAACACAAAUUACAUCGUAUCUUUCCGAGUUAUUUCCAGUAAGCGAUCCUGGAAUGGAAAUAAGAGUUUCUCUGUAUCUUGGACAAGAAUUAUUUUUUAAUAUACCGCCGAGUGAGCCAUCAUCAUUUACUUUGUCAGAAUGGUGUAGAUUAAAAAGACUUGGUAUAAAAGGGAUCAAAACAUCUUUUCAACAUGAUGUACCACUCGUUGACGGAUUAAGGAUACUUCAAGCGGAUCCGGAAUUUCAAGAAAAGGUUGAAGGUUUUGGAGAUUGCGAAAAAGACAAAUGGAGUAUUUCGAUUUAUUUUAAUGAUGGUGAAGACAAGAAAAUGAAAUUAAAUUGGGAUUAUCAAAAAAAAACUUGGAAGAUAACUAAAAUUGUUAAAUUAAUGCGUCGAGUCAUACUGUUGGAUUUGGUUUCUGGUUCAUAUUUUCCCGACAUUCGUCUUCUGGUAAAAACGCAGUUUCGCAUCCCAAUCGACCAAAAAUUGGAGACAUUGAUAACUGCGUUGCAAAAUUCUAUAAACAGAAGCGAAAGUUAUCUCUCCUUCCGUGUUAAAGAUUUUGCAGGCAUUUUAAAUGUUACCAGAAUUGAACAGACUAUUAAUAAGAGGCGAUUUUUUAAUAAGGAUUAUAGAAUAAAUCUUGUUCCCACAAAAAAAGAUUUUGAUGGUACAAGAGUUACCUUUGCCAACAGUGUUAUUAUCAAACAUUUAAAUUGGAUUAUGAUGAAUAAUUUUGAUGAUGAACCUCCAUUAGUCAACUUCUCACCAAUAUCAUCAGACUAUUCAAACCUAAACAUUAAAACCAAGACACGUCAUUUACUAGACGAAGACAUACCCUCUGGCACUAAUCUUUUACAAAAAAGUCUAUUAGAUGAUAAUUCGACAGGAUUUAAAAGUCGGAGACAUAUCUUAUACGACGAUUAUGAUUUGUUUAGCAUACGUAACUCAACAAUACUUCAAAAUGAUUAUAACAAGAAUGAAUAUGGGAAAGAAGUACGAAAUAAUAAAAAAUUAAAAAAUGGAGGAUUGCAAAACUAUGAAGAUGUAGGAGGAUUUGUUGAAGAAAGAAAUUGGAAAGAUAUAUUAGAAUUAACCAUACCUAGCUCUCUAGAAUAUACUAGAAAAUUUAGUAGAAUUGUUAGUUAA